AUGCCACGCCGCAAAAAGACUAUUGACGACAUCGUCAGCACCGCCACCACCCAGACACAAUCGCGUCUUCUAGGCGUACCAGUCGCGGUUCGCAACCGCAUCUACGAGCUGGUCUUCAAGAAGGAAGGAACAUGCCAUGUCAGUCACCGCCGCAAAGACGGAAACCCCAAAGGUCUUAUCAGGGUCCCGGGACUGCUGCUGGCCUGCAAGCAAACGUAUGCCGAGUCCGUUCAGCUCUUCUACGGCAAGACCAUCUUCACCUGUAGCGCACCGUACAGACUCGAACAAUGGCCCCGCAAGCUGGCGUCGACCCAUCGCGUUCUGGUGAAGAAAAUCAUGCUGAGUCCUUAUCCCUCGUCUUGGCGUACUGGACAGAUGGCUGCGACGUUCAAGUGCGAGGAGGAGAAGUUCUUGAAGAUCAUCAGAGAGUGGGUCGUGAAGCGCAAGGAGAUCAAGGAGAGAGUGAUGGUUGUUGGCAACUAUCCUAUGCCAUUUUACUUCUUCAGACGCGCUCAUGCCUUCACGGUGCUGGAGAAUGGCCGCAUGGAGUAUGAGUUGAUCAAGGACACGGGUCCUCUGUGGCCGAAGACUUGA